AUGGCAGGAGAGGUGCCUUUGGAGAUCUUACAGAACUUGCAACAGCAAAUUCAGGAGAUGAGGGCAGAAAUCGCAACAAUAAGGGCGGAACAAGCGAACCGAGUAGGAGGUCAUUCCGACCGCUCUGUCAAUGUAGAAACCUAUCAUUCGGACACUGGGGAACAACCUCUUACUCAAGGUGAGAGGCGACAGGAGCAACAAAAUCCUGUGCGUGGAGAGGAAGUUGCAGGAGUCAAUGGACGAGGUGGAGGCAGAGAUAACGGAAGAUCGGUAAGUAGAGUCGGGAGUAGAAACAGAGGACGAGGAAGAGGUCGGAGUAAUGAGAGAGGUGAUCCUCAUCAUCGAGAUGAGAGGCAGAGAAACGAGGAUCAAAAUCCUCCAUAUGGUGAUCAGGCGGAGGGGUUGCAUCCUUUCACGCAAAGGGUAAUGCAGGCAAUCAUACCAGAGAACAAAGUACUGCCCUCAAUGGAGAAGUAUGGAGGCUCCUCUGACCCUAUUAAACAUUUGCGAUCUUUCGUAGAUGCCAUGGCAGUAUAUUCGUCCGAUGAACUAGUAUGGUGUAGAGUUUUUUCUCUUUCGCUAAAAGAGGAAGCAUUGGAUUGGUUCCAUUCACUACAACCCGGAACCAUCGACAACUUCGCCGAAUUACGCCAGCUAUUUACUCAACAGUACGCUGCGAGUAAGACGCCCGGAGUGACUUACACGGCCCUAGUAAGAAUGAGGCAAGGACGAGACGAGUCCCUCAAAAUAUUUAUGGAUCGGUUCAACCGUACCGCUAGGCAAGUGCGGAAUGCCGAUCAACGACUGGUGGUGAGUGCUUUAACCACUGCAUUGCAACCUGGUCCAUUUUGUGACUAUCUCCACGCCGAAGAACCUCAAAGCAUGGACGAACUACAAAACAAAUUGGCCAGUUUCAUUCGCAUAGAAGAAGGAAGAGCCCAUCAACGUGGGAGAGAGGAGCGAGAGUCAAUGCCCCGACCGGCCAAAAUGACACCCGGACCACAGUCCGGUGGCAAUAACAGGAGAGGAGGCUACAGAGGCAAAGAGCGUAACCAAGUACAACAGUAUAUUCACCAUACCCCCUUGAAUGCACCAAGGGCGAGAGUUUUGGAGGAGGCAUUAAGGGCCGAUCUACUAGCGGUGGUACAAAUACCUACGCCUAGAGGAGCUGAUGAAACCAAAUAUUGCCGAUAUCAUCAAAAUCGGGGCCGCACAACUGAAGAUUGUCUUACUUUGAAAAAUAAGUUGGAAUCUUUAGUUCAGGCCGGACACCUUCAGAAGUUCGUCCAUAGGGGAAGAGUGCCAACCAGAUCCGAUCGGCUCCCAUCUCAAUCAGAAUCCCGAAAAAGGAGUCGCCCUAGAGCUGAUCGAAGUAGAAGCAGAAGUGCGGACCGAACGAUACGAGGAGUAAUCAACACUAUUUCUGGAGGGUUUGCAGGCGGUGGAUCGACGUCAGCCGCCCGCAAGAGGCACUUAAGAAGCUUACACAGCUCCCACCGAACAGACACCCCAAAAAGAUCCAUGCCCACCAUCACUUUUUCGGAUGACGAUUUUCACGCACCGGACUUGGAGCAAGAUGACCCGAUGGUGAUAACAGCAAUGAUUGCCAGGUACAAAGUGAGUAAAGUCUUAAUAGAUCAAGGAAGUUCGGCCAACAUAUUAUAUUGGAAGACUUUCAAGCAAAUAGAUAUAUCGGAGGAUGCGAUCUUGCCUUUCAAUGAACAGAUAGUAGGAUUCGCAGGAGAGAGAGUAGAUACAAAGGGAUAUGUUGAUUUGAGAACCAGUUUGGGAGCCGACAGGGAGGCUAAGGAAAUGAAGGUUCGGUUCCUGCUAGUAGAAGCCGACACGUCAUAUAACGUUUUACUGGGAAGACCGUGCUUAAACAUGUUUGGGGCUAUCGUCUCGACCCCACACUUAGCUUUAAAAUAUCCCAUCGAUGACAGAAAGGUUGCCACCGUUCGGGCCGACCAGAAAAUGGCUCGUGAAUGCUACACUGCAGGUUUGAAGGUCAAGCCCAGAGGUACUACUUUCUCAGGCCACCGAUCAGAAGUCGCUAUGAUGGAAUUAGACCCUCGAACACAAUUUGACGAUCGGGUGGAACCCCUAGGGGAUACACGUCCUAUUGUUAUUGGGCAGCAGGAGGAUCAAUGUACUACCAUAGGGCGCAAUCUUACUACCGAUCAAGCAACCUUAAUAGAAGAACUGUUGCUGAAAAAAAAAGAUUUGUUUGCAUGGCAAGCAGCUGAUAUGCCAGGUAUUCAUCCUGACAUCAUAUCCCAUAAACUGUCACUGUUCAAGGAUGCCCGACCAGUUGCCCAGAGAAAGCGGAGGUUAGGCAACGAGAAAAGAAGAGCGGUAGAGGAAGAAGUAACAAAAUUAUUGGAAGCCGGGUUUAUACGAGAAGUGAAGUAUACUACAUGGUUGUCAAAUGUGGUGAUGGUCAAGAAGCCGAACGGCAAGUGGAGAAUGUGCACGGAUUUUACAGACCUUAAUAAGGCAUGCCCGAAGGACACGUAUCCCCUUCCAAGCAUCGAUGGCUUAGUAGAUGGAGUUUCCGGAUACGAAAUCUUAAGUUUUUUAGAUGCAUAUUCGGGAUAUAAUCAAAUCUCCAUGUAUCAACCCGAUCGGGAAAAAACGGCCUUCAUAACGGAACGCUCCAAUUAUUAUUAUGAGGUAAUGCCGUUCGGGCUAAAAAAUGCAGGAGCAACAUAUCAACGACUCAUGGAUAAGGUCUUUCAACAUCAAAUAGGAAGGUGUAUGGAAGUGUACGUAGAUGAUAUGGUAGUGAGAAGCCGAUCGGUGGAAGACCACUUGCGGGAUUUGGCCGAAGUUCUGGAUCAAGUGCGGAAGUUCGGAAUGAGAUUAAAUCCUCUCAAGUGCACGUUCGGAGUGUCUGCAGGAAAAUUCUUAGGUUUCAUGCUUACUUCCCGAGGCAUUGAAGCCAACCCGGAUAAAUGCCGCGCUAUUUUGGAAAUGAGGAGUCCGAGUAGUUUGAAGGAGGUACAACGGUUGGUCGGGAGACUUACGUCGUUAUCCCGAUUCAUACCCAAAUUAGCUGAGCGAAUUCAGCCGAUUCUAAAGCUGCUGAAGAAACAAAAAGAGGUAGAUUGGAGCGAUCGGUGUGAAGCGGCAUUUGACGAAGUCAAGCGAAUUCUCUCUAACCCUCCGGUUAUGAGACGCCCGGACUAUGGCUGUGAUUUGCAUCUAUUCUUGGCGGUCGGUGAAGAAGCGGUCAGCGCCGCAUUAGUGCAGGAAAUUCCUGAGUUUCGACCAGUGUAUUUCAUCAGUCGGGUAUUGAAGGAACCUGAAACCAGGUAUCAACAACUGGAAAAAAUAGUCCUAGCACUUGUGAUCGCCACCCGAAGACUCCGUCCCUACUUGCAAGGAAACCAGGUAAUUGUCCGAACAGAUUACCCUAUUUCGAAAAUUUUGCGAAAACCCGACUUAGCAGGUAGGAUGAUUGGCUGGUCCAUCGAACUUUCUGAGUUCGGUCUGAGGUACGAACCACGAGGAUCAGUCAAGGGCCAGCACCUUGCUGAUUUCGUGGCCGAGCUCCCAAGGAGAUCGGUCCAUUGCCACUCAUGGACAUUAUAUGUAGAUGGAUCGUCCGGCCUUAAAGGAGGUGGAGCGGGCGUGGUCUUAGAAGGACCGAACGGAAUAGUUGUUGAACAGGCCUUGAUCUUUCGGUUUAAAACCAGCAAUAACCAAGCUGAGUAUGAGGCCUUAAUAGCCGGCCUUGAGCUAGCACACGACUUAGGAGUUAAAGAGCUUUGUUGUAAGACGGAUUCACAGCUGGUAGCGGGUCACAUGAACGACACCUUCCAAAUUAAGGAUGAUCAACUUCUCAAAUAUUCCCACAGAGUUAAGCAACUGUUCGCACACUUUGACAGCAUCGAAGUCAAUCACAUUCCCAGAAGCGACAAUCAAAGAGCUGAUCGGUUAUCAAAAUUAUCCACUGGUAAAGAGAAGGGCCAUCUAUCNUCCUUGGUCCGGCAGAUAAUUUUCAAGCCUGCAGUUGAAUGUUUACAAAUCUAUUCCGUUGCCGAACGAGACGAUUGGAGAAGAGAAAUUGUAAAGCUAAUUCAGCAACAAGAGGCAGGAGUAACUCUCCGAACGGAAGAAGCGAAGCAGGUUGCCAGAUACGUCAUGGUCGGUGAAGAACUAUACCGAAGAGGGUAUGUCACCCCAAUGUUGAAGUGCAUAUCUAAAGAUGAGUCCGAAUACGUGAUGCAAGAACUACAUGAAGGAAUUUAUGGGAGGCACGGCGGUGGCCGUUCGUUAAGGGCCCGAGCGUUACGGGCAGGAUUUUACUGGCCAACAAUGGAGAAGGAUUGCCAAACCUUUGUUGUCAAGUGUUUGGCUUGCCAGAAACAUGGGAAUAUAAUACACACACCAGCAGCGGUACUUUCAGCCAUAGUAUCUCCAUGGCCCUUUGCUCAAUGGGGAAUGGACAUAGUAGGUCCAUUUCCAACCGGUCGGUCUCAGUUCAAGUUUCUCUUGGUUGCAAUUGACUAUUUUACCAAAUGGGUGGAGGCUGAGCCACUAGCUAAAAUAUCAGCUUCCCAGUUGGGAAUCAUCAUUCAAGAGUUGAAGAAAAAGUUAGGCGAGGCCAAAGGAGCAUGGGCGGACGAGUUGCAACAGGUAUUGUGGGGAUACCGAUGCUCUCCACAUAGUGCCACAGGGGAGUCACCCUUUAACCUCACGUACGGGUCUGAUGCAAUGCUGCCAGUAGAGGUCGGGGAGACUACGCUACGGCGAGAUAUUAACAAUAUGAGUGAGAACGAAGAGCAUCUUAGAAGCAAUUUAGAUAUUCUUCCCGAACGGCGUGAUAUGGCAGNCGUUCACUUGGAAGCCCAUAAAAGGCUUGUUGCUCGACGCUAUAAUACCAAAGUCAAACCAAGACAAUUCGUAGAAGGAGAUCUAGUGUGGAGACGAACGGGUGAAGCGAGGAAAAAUCCAACACAUGGAAAAUUAUCGGCUAACUGGGAAGGACCGUUCAGGGUGAAAGAGAAUCUGAACAAUGGUGCAUACCGCUUGGAGUACUUGAAUGGAAAACCUAUUCCCAACACCUGGAACAUUUCUCAUUUAAAGUUCUAUUUUAGUUAA